GCCGAGUCGUAGGGGGGCGGGGUUUAGUGUCGACCUUGGUGGUUUGACGUGUGGCAGCAUGGCGAGCAAGGAGCCGAAUCGCUUCGUUCAGCAGCUGAGGGUCCUGGCCGGUCGGAUGUCUUCGUCUGGUGGCAGAGGAGCAGGAUUGGGACUGAAGCUGCUGCUUGGAGCUGGUGCUCUGGCAUAUGGCGUCAAAGAAGCCACGUACACUGUGGAAGGUGGGCACAGAGCCAUCAUCUUCAACAGGAUUGGAGGCAUGCAGAUGGACACUGUACUUGCUGAGGGGCUGCACUUCAGUGUGUGUGUGUCAUAGGGUCCCCUGGUUCCAGUACCCCAUCAUCUAUGAUAUCAGAGCCAGGCCCAGGAAGAUCUCCUCUUUGACUGGCAGCAAAGAUUUGCAGAUGGUUAACAUAGCAGUGCGAGUGUUGUCCAGGCCCGUGGCGUCCAACCUGCCCGUCAUGUACCAGCAGCUGGGGAAGGACUACGAUGAGCGCGUCCUUCCCUCCAUCGUCAACGAGGUGCUGAAGUCUGUGGUGGCAAAGUUCAACGCCUCACAGCUCAUCACCCAGAGAGCACAGGUGUCCCUGCUGGUGCGCAGGGAGCUGUUUGAGAGAGCUCAAGACUUUAACAUCAUCCUCGACGACGUGUCCAUCACUGAGCUGAGCUUCAGCAGCCAGUACACUGCAGCUGUGGAGGCCAAGCAAGUUGCCCAGCAGGAGGCCCAGAGGGCCCAGUUCUAUGUGGAGAAAGCCAAACAAGACCAGAGACACAAGAUCAUCCAGGCAGAGGGAGAAGCUGAAGCUGCUAAGAUGUUGGGCCAAGCAGUGACUAAGAACCCCGGUUACCUGAAGCUGAGGAGGAUUAGAGCAGCACAGAGCAUCGCUAAGACGGUGUCAUCAUCUCAGAACAAGGUGUACCUCAAUGCUGACAGUUUGGUCCUGAACCUUCAAGACCAGACAUCUUUUAACAACAUGUCACUGGGUGUAAAGAAGUGAUGAAGAGGACAUGAAGAGGAAGAAGAGCUCCAUCUGAACAGAGCACAGAGAAUAAACACACGACCGACAGGUGUGAACGUGGACAACAAGAAAGAAGACAACAUUUCUUAUGCUUUUUGUUCUGUCUUUUAAAUGUCUAAAUCUCUCUCAGACUGUGUGUGGCCUGUUUUAUGCUUGUAGUUUUUUUUCAAUGAAUUAUGGAAGUGAAACAACGACCGCGAUCUUGUUUCAACAAACAACAAAUCUAUAUUUCAGAAAGCAAAUGGGAAAAGAAAAGGACCUACUGCUCGGUCCAAUGAUUUUGUAGAAUGUCCUGUAGAGGCCUUUCAUGAAUUAGGGAAUGAAUGCAACAAUACUUCAGAAUAAUGUAGGAGAAGAGUGUCUCCUAUCAGGAAGAAUAUUUCACUGCUCUAUGCAUCUGAUCUGGACACACGUCAUCAGAAAUGUCCCAGUGCUCCUCCUGACUGUGCUGUGAAAAGAACUGGUUGACCAAAUUGAUCCUAAUUUAUCUGUAAAUAAACUUUUGUUCUAGGUA